AUGGCAUCCCUCGCCUCAUACCCUCACGACGUGGCUGCAAGCCCGUGCUCUCCGCAAUCCUACUCUACCUUGUCUCCCGCCAGCCGUCUUCGCGCCGCCGCAGCAGCAGGGGCGAGGGCCAACCCGGAAGAGAAGCCGCUGCCGGGCAACACGUCGCUCAACCACAACUACCGCUCGCCCUCGCGAUCGCCCUCGACCAGGAUCCUGGCCGGCAGCCCCGGUACGCCCACCCGCCGCGCGGCUACGCGGAUCAGGGAGGCCGUCAGCCUCGAAGAUCUCCGAGAGGACGAACAGCGUGCUCCCUCGUCUCGGCCCAGCGCUUCCGCCCCACGACCCCUGUUUAUGCCGACACCCCGUCGAGGUGCGACCAAGCCGACGCCCUACCCUUCCCUCGCACACAUCCCCGAGCCCAGCCUGGCGCCUCCCCUCGCAGAUCUAAGUGCCGGCCAGACCAGCAUGGAGCGCUACACCCACUCUCCUACCAAGCCGUUCGCCUCGAGCCAGGCCGCUAACGCCGAGCAAGCGCAGGCGCCGCCGGGCGAAGGCUUCAGCCCAGCCAAGAGAUCGCUCCGCUCGUCUGCCUCGGCCGCCAGGCCAACCAGAGAUGCAGGCCUCGAGAAUGCCCCGCAACGGACGCUCCGCUCGACGGCCAGCAGGGCGCACAUGGCAGCGGCGUCGACGGCGAUGACCUCGCUUGCCCCUGGCACGCCCGCUUCGCACGCAUCGAUGCGGGCCAGCACGGUCGCGGCCUCGUCUUUUGAGCGCGCCGAGGAUCUGCAAAGCGGACGAGCAUCGCCCGAACGGCAAAGCAGCUCAGUCAGCAAGCCUAGGGCCAAGGUGACUGAAGGCGUCGGAUCGAGGCUGCGCUCGGUCAACAAGCCAAGCAACCAGCGGUCCACGAUCGCCUCGUCGACGGCCUCUCCCGAGAAGCGCGGCCUCGGGAUCAGCAUGGGGCUAGUCGGCUCGCAGCAUCCAGAGAGGCACCGUGCAAGGGACGGGCCGCUAUCGCCGGCGAGCUUCGACCUCGACGAGGAGCUCGCAGAUAGCUCGUUCGUGUACGCCGAUCCAGAGGAUCCCGACGGCGAAUCGCUGGGCCUGUCCAACAACCCUCGGGAUGGCAGCGCCGACGAGAGGCACGAGAGCGUCAUGGUCCACGUCCGCCUGCGACCACCGAAGCCCGGCGAAAAGUGCGCGUGGAUCCCCAGCUCGGUCAACGGUUCUCUGUCGCUGGAGCCGACGCUGGCCUCGCAGCGGGUGCAGCAGGGCGCGGCGGGCCCUUUCAGCUUCGACGGCCUGCUGACCGGCAGCGCCAAUCGGCCCGUCUACAUCUCGGUGGCGCGGCCGCUGGUCCGCUCCGCGCUCGAUGGCUACGAUGCCGUCGUUUUCGCCUAUGGCCAGACGGCGAGCGGCAAGACGUUCACGCUGAGCGGCGACGAGCGCGGCGAGGAGCAGGGCAUCAUCCCGCGCGCCGUGCGCGACAUCUUCCGCGGCAUCCGGCAGAGCUCGGCGCGGCGCGAGUAUCUGCUGCGGGCGAGCUACCUCGAGAUCUGGAACGAAAACGUCAAGGACCUGCUCGAGCCGACCAACGUGCCGCAGGUGCGCGACGACCGGCGCAAGGGGGGCAAGGGCACGUUCGUCCACCCGCUGCGCGAGGAGAUUGUCACGUCGCCCGGCCAGGUGCGCGAGCUGCUGGCGCGCGGCCAGGCCAACCGCCACGUCGGCGCCACCGACUGGAACGAGCGUUCCAGCCGCUCGCACACCUGCUUCAAGGUGACGAUCGAGAGCUGGGAGCGCGGUCCGGACUCGGCCGGUAGCGUCUUUGGCGAUAGCGGCGGCGGCGGUGGCGGCGAUGACAGCGCCUACCUGACGAUGCCGGCCGCCGACGCGUCAUCGAGGCUCGGGAGAAAGGUGCGCGUGAGCGAGCUGUGCCUGAUCGACCUGGCGGGCUCCGAAAAGUACGUCUCGCAGGGCUCGGAUCGCCGCGCCGAGGGGGCGCACAUCAACAAGAGCCUCCUGACCCUGGGCAAGGUCAUCUUUGCGCUGUCGGAGAAGACGGCGCGGGCCAACGCCAGCAGCGCCCACGUCCCCUACCGCGACUCGAAGCUAACGCGGAUCCUGCAAAACAGCCUCAGCGGCAACGCGCGGGUGGCGGUGGUGUGCACCAUCAACCCGAGCCCGUCGGCGGUCGACGAGAGCCUCAGCACGCUCAACUUUGCCAAGCGGGUCAAGAAGGUCAGCCUCCACGCGCGGCGCAACGAGAUCGAGGGCGACGCGGCCGGGCUCGGCGGCGCCGAGGCGCAGGCGCUCAUCAUGCGCUACCGCGACGAGGCCAUGGCGCUGCGCAAAAAGGUCGCCGAGCUGCAGAGCGGUGCGGCCACGCCGCGGAUCGACGACGACCGGAUGCGCCAGCUUCUGGACCGCCUCGACGCCAUCGGCGGCCUAGUCGUCCGGGGUGGGGCGUCGACGGCGAAGACGACGGCAGUGACGGCGGAGAAGCUCUACAACGCCAACACGAGGAUCGCGAGCCUGCAGCGCAAGCUUGCCUCGCGGCCGUCGCUGCCGGCGUCGUGCACCAGCGAGGCGGACAAGGACGCGCUCAUCGGGCAGCUGCAGCAACAGAUCCGCGAGCUCGAGAUGGUGUGCGAGGCCCAGGCCGCCGAUGCGCCGCCCAAGAUCCGCGAAGACGUCGAGCGCGAGUGGCGCGACCGCACCGAUGCGCUCGAGGAGCGGCUGCGCGAGCGCGAACGCUUCGUCGAGGAGAUGAGCAAGGAGCUCGAGCGGCUGAGGCGAGCCAACAAGCAGCUCAUCCGACUGGCGCACAACGAGACGGCGGCCAUGGUCGCUCAGCUGCAGUCGCCGCACGCCCAGCCGGCGUCGCGCUCCAAGCUCCAUCCUCCUCUGAACCAGCACCAGCACCAGCACCAGCGUCACCACCAGCAGCGCCUGGGCCAGGCCCGGCCCGUGUCGGUGCUGGGGGCGACCGAGAUGGAGGCGUGGCGGGAAGCGUACGCCGCGUCGAUGCCGAUGGCCGCGUCUUCUGCGACGGCGAGCCCGGCCAUGACGAGCGACUCGCGCUGCGCCACGCCCACGGCCGCCACACCGGGACCCAACCGGUACCUGCGAGCGCCCAACCGGUUCCGACCGCGGAGGUCGAUCAGCCACGACGGCGGCCUGCUGCAUGCGGGCCUCCAGAGCGUCGAGCGCGAGCUUGGUCGCAUCUAA